CUUCGGUGGAGUUUGACGUGGCACUCCGCUUCUUCCACCGAGGAGAGGACCGCUGAAACAUUCAGAGCCUCAAAGCUCAUGCAUCUUGGAAUGAGAAGGAAGUAACGGUCGUUUCAUCGAGAUGAGUCAGCAGGGUUAUGUCGCCGCACCCCCGUACUCCCAGGCCCAGCCAGGGAUGGGGGGCUACCAAGGUGGAUUCGGGAGUGGUCCUGCACAGCCCCUCUAUGGACACUACGGCGGGCCACCUCAGGCCUUCACCGCUCCACCGACAGGUAUGAUGAAAUCCCCAGUUUCCUCAGCCGCCGGGAUGCCUCCGCCUCCAGCGUGCAGUUCGUACAAUCCAAAUGUCCAGCAGAAUGGCGCUCAUCCACAAAGGUACCCUGCUCCACCAGCUGUAUCUACUGCUUAUGGACAACCCCCACAGCUCCCAUACAACAGCAUGGCCUCACCUGCCCCGCCUUCAGCACAACAGCUCACCAAUCAGAUGAGUGCUAUGAAUAUGGGCGGCUAUGCCCCAGGGCCCAUGCAGAGCCCUCCUCCACCAACAGGCUCUGUAGCCCCACAGCCUUUCCAGGUGCCUCCUCCACCAGCGAUGGGCCAUCCGCAGAUGCCUCCUGGCCCGCAGUUAGUCCACUCAUCCCAGCAAAUGCCCCCUCAUAUGGCUCCACCGCAGUCACCCCCAGGGAGCAUGGCAGGCAUGGGCAGACCUUUUCCCGGCCCGCCGCCUCCAGGCCCAGGAGGUUUUCAGCAGCCUGGUCCUGGACCCACUGGUCCACCAGGAUACCCACAGCAAGCUGGUCAGUUUGGGGGUCACAUGGCUGGGCCCCAGCAGGGCAUGCCAGGGGCCUUCCCUGGAACACCGGGCGCACUGGCUGGCCCACCGCAAAAGAAACUGGACCCUGACUCGAUCCCAAGCAUAACCCAGAUCAUUCAGGACGACCAGGCCAACCAAGGAGGACAGGUCUUCAGCACAAACAUCAGAGGACAGGUUCCACCUCUGGUCACCACUGACUUCACAGCACAGGACCAGGGCAAUGCCAGUCCCAGGUUCAUACGCUGCACCACCUACUCUCUCCCCUGCACGGCCGAUCUGGCCAAGCAGUGCCAAGUGCCCCUGGCUUGCGUCAUUAAACCCUUUGCCACUUUGCCAAAGAAUGAGACUCCUCUUUAUGUUGUGGACCACGGUGAGACAGGCCCCAUCCGCUGCAACCGAUGCAAGGCCUACAUGUGUCCCUACAUGCAGUUUAUCGAUGGCGGUCGUCGCUACCAGUGCUCUUUCUGCAACUGUGUCAACGAAGUGCCAGUCUUCUUCUUCCAACAUCUUGACCACAUGGGCCGUAGGGUGGACUUCUACGAGAGGCCUGAGUUGUCCUUGGGAUCCUAUGAGUUUACAGCCACCAUGGACUACUGCAAGAACAACAAGCGUCCAAAUCCUCCUGCCUACAUCUUCAUGAUUGACGUGUCCUACAGCAACAUCAAAAGUGGCCUGGUCAAACUGAUAUGUGAUGAGCUGAAGACUCUACUAGACAAGCUGCCCAGAGAGGAAGGAUUGGAUAGCUCGGCGAUUAAAGUGGGCUUCGUCACCUACAACAAGGUCCUCCACUUCUACAACGUGAAGAGCGCUUUGGCCCAGCCCCAGAUGAUGGUGGUUUCAGACACGGAGGAAGUGUUCGUCCCGCUACUUGACGGCUUCCUCGUCAACUUCCAGGAAUCGAGGGCUGUUAUCUGCAACCUCCUGGACCAGAUCCCUGACAUGUUUGCAGACACCAACGAGAGUGAAACGGUCUUUGCUCCUGUCAUCCAGGCCGGCGUUGAGGCAUUUAAGGCUGCAGAAUGUAGCGGAAAGAUCUUCAUCUUCCACUCCUCCAUGCCCACCGCUGAGGCUCCUGGUAAACUCAAGAACAGGGAUGACAAGAAGCUGGUCAACACAGACAAAGAGAAAACCCUGUUCCAGCCUCAGAAAGGAGUGUAUGAGCAACUGUCGAAGGACUGUGUGGCACAGGGCUGCUGCGUGGAUCUCUUCCUCUUCCCCAGCCAGUACCUCGACUUGGCAACCAUGGCUGACGUGCCCACGCACACCGGAGGCUCCGUGUACAAGUACAACAGCUUUCAGGUGGAGACAGAUGGGGAGCAUUUCCUGAGAGACCUAAGAAAAGACGUGCAGAAGAAUAUUGGAUUUGACGCCAUCAUGCGUGUUCGUACCAGUACAGGCUUCAGAGCCACAGACUUCUUUGGUGCCAUCCACAUGAACAACACCACAGAUGUAGAGAUGGCGGCUGUGGACUGUGACAAGGCCUUGACUGUGGAGUUCAAGCACGACGAUACGCUCAGUGAGGAGACCGGAGCACUCAUGCAGUGUGCCUUGCUGUACACCACCAUCGGCGGCCAGCGACGCCUGCGCAUCCACAACCUCAGUCUGAACUGCAGCUCGCAGUUGUCAGAGCUGUUCAAGAGCUGCGAGACUGACUCGCUCAUCAACUUCUUUGCCAAAUCAGCUUACCGUGCCAUCUUGAACCAGCCUCUAAAGAAUGUGAGGGAGAUCCUGGUCAACCAGACAGCCCACAUGUUGGCCUGUUACAGGAAGAACUGCGCCACCCCUUCCGCCGCCAGCCAGCUGAUCCUGCCUAACACCAUGAAGGUGUUCCCAGUCUACAUGAACAGCCUGAUGAAAACAGCCCCCCUGGUGGGCAGCACAGAGCUCUCCACAGACGACAGAGCCCAUCUGAGGCUGUCGGUCAUGGCCAUGGGAGUGGAGGACACACAGCUGCUGCUCUACCCACGCCUCAUCCCACUGCACAACGUGGACAUUGGAAGUGAUGCUCUGCCCGCUCCGGUGCGCUGUUCAGAGGAGUCUCUUGCCGACUCUGGCAUGUUCCUGCUGGAGAACGGCCACUCCAUGUUUCUGUGGUUCGGCCAAGCAAGCCCCCCUGACCACGUCCAGAGCAUCUUCAACCUGCCCUCCCUCGCCCACCUGCAAGGAAACAUGGUUUCGCUGCCAGAGCUGGACAACCCACUGUCAAAGAAGGUCCGAUCUAUCAUCAAUGACCUGCUUGAAAAGAGGCCAAACUCCAUGAAGCUCCUCAUCGUGAGGCAGAAGGACAAGCCAGAGGUGAUGUUCCGUCAGUUCCUCGUGGAGGACAAGGGUCUGCACGGCGGCGCCUCCUACAUGGACUUCCUUUGCCACGUUUACCGGGAGAUCAGGCAGCUGCUCACUUAAUCUUUCCUCCUCAAGCAUUCCCAUCCAGACUGACCGGGUAGAAACACAGGAUCUAAUGGACCGUGCACAGAUCUCACAGGGUCAGAUCGUUUGAAAUUGUCAGGACAGUGCUUUCUAAGCAUUUUAUAAAAAAGACCGAAGAGGGAACAAGGAUCCAGGAGAUUCAACCUCCAGUGUCCACAGCUGCCUUUCCUAUACACGGUAUGAUCUCCAAAUAACGACUUGUCGCUCAAGGAGCUUCCAAGUAAAUCUGUCAGAAUUAAAUGGACAACACAUCUAGUGUUUCCCGCAUGGAUACUUGGCGUGAUGGACAGUGGAGAAUAUAAUAUCAGUGCCUGCGGCUGAAAUGCAUUUUGGCAGAAGGCCCAUUGGCAUAAGCAAUAGAGCAUACAUCUCCACUGUGUGUUCAAGUUGAUUUCAGCCUGUUUUCAUUUCACUAUGUAGAAUUUCAGCGUCUGGAUAAAAUAAGGGUUUAUUUGUAGGUGUUCGCCAGUAUUCGUUACCGUCAGAUAAAGACUAAAUAUUUAAAGAAUUCUAAGAGCCUCAUUUUAAAAUAUUAAUUUCAUUUAAACAAUUUCGAUUUUGUCCUGCAUUUUUAUCAUUUCUUGUUUAAAAUCAACUUUCAGUCGCAGUUAUUUCAUCAUGAAGCAGAAACAUUGGCAGAAUAAAGUGUUUUUCCCGUCAUCACACCAUGAGUAAUGAAAAGCAUUUGAUUCGCACAUGCCCCCAACCAAAGAAAAAAAGAAAAAAAAGAUUCUUUGACCUUUUAUGGCCGACUUGAUCUUCUCAAUGUGCAGUGACGCAGAAACUGUUGAUGUGGUGUUCUGAGAUUACAGGGAAAUGAACGCAGCUGUUCCUCGACAAAGGAAACAGAGAACUACACUUUUCACUGUAGAAGAGUCAGAAUUGGUUGUUAAAAACUAAAACCAUUUCAAAUUGUAUCGGGUUAAAGGACUUAACACGAUGCCCAGGGGCCCAGGGGGGUGACAGGGGCCUGAUAUCUAGCUUUUCCCUCAAACUGCCACAUUAAACUGUUAUUUAUUCUUGUUGAAAAGAUUUAUUUUGACAAACACUCACAAGCAACUUACAAUAAUAUGAAAAAACAGAGUCAGCAAUCUAAAAAUCUUCUGUCUGGACCGACAAUCAGACUUCAGCUCAUGGUUCAACCUCCCAAAUGUAGUCACUUAGAUUUAUCACCCUAAUAAACAUGUAAGAUUUUAUAGUAAAUGAGUUUCAGUAGUUAUAUCAUAGUUAAUUGCCUUGCUUGUUUUUUUUUUUAUACCGGUUAAUUAUUUCUUUGUAAUGCAGAUUCUUCAUUUGAUAAAUAUCGGACCACCUUGUGUAUGUGUGUGGCCCACGAGGCCUUUUUGUACAUUAAUUGCGCAACUUGUGUUGUCAAAGAUAUUCCUAUCUGCCUUAAGUUCGUAUAAUACAUGUAGUUUGACAAAUCUAUGUUAAAAUGUAUAUGUCCUUUUGACGUCCACGGCUGAUUUAAAUCCAUCAUCAGUAUUUGGUUUUAUAUGCAAACGUAUCUCAGGUAAUUUCAGUACCUUUCCAUUUUUAGCUGGAAGCAGUGAUUUGAGUUUAACUGGAAAGAUGAAUGUCCUGAGUUUUGUUGGAGUGGAAUUGUGGGAAAUGAUGGAUUGGCCUACCCUGUGCAUUCAUUCCAAACCCGAAAGAAAACUUUGUCUUAUUAAAUCUUUGCUGUUGCA